AACUGGACAACAAUGCUGAGGUUUGCUGUCACCCUCUUUGCUGUCAUAACGUCAUCUACCUGCCAAAAAUAUGGAUGUCUGAAAGGGGGCACCCACAAACUGAAGCCAAGUCCUGAGCCACAUAUGCGUGAAUGCACUCUCUACUCUAAAUCUUCCUGUUGCUACGCAGACUUCACAGAGCAAUUGGCUCAUUCCCCAGUAAUUAAAGUAAACAACAGCUACUGGAACAGAUGUGGGCAACUCAGUAAAUCCUGUGAAGAUUUCACAAAGAAAAUUGAAUGCUUUUACCAGUGUUCUCCAUAUGCUGCUCGCUGGAUCCAUCCCAACUACACUGCUGCUAUUCGGUCUGUUCCACUGUGUCAAAGCUUUUGUGAUGACUGGUAUGAAGCCUGCAAAGAUGAUUCCAUAUGUGUUCGUAACUGGCUGACAGACUGGAAAUGGGAUGAAAGUGGAGAAAACCGCUGUAAGGAUAAAUGUAGUCUGUACAGUGAGAUGUUCGCAAAUGGGACUGAUUUGUGCCGUAAUAUGUGGGGGGAGUCAUUUAAGGUGAGCGAAUCCUCCUGCCUCUGCUUGCAAAUGAACAAGAAGGACACAGUGGCAAUCAAGUAUCUCCUCUCCAAAAGCUCAGAGGAAAGCUCCAGCAGCAGCAGCAGCAGCAGUGAGGAGCAUGCCUGCCAAAAGAAACUCCUGAAGUUUGAGAAACUAAAGGGAGAAAAAGAGGAACAGACAAGAUAAAUGCUGGUGGAUGUACAUCGGGACAAGAGAAGUCAUCAUGGAGGCUGGGCUCAGGGCAUUGUGCCAGCCUGCUUUAUCCCCUACUUCCUAGAACACAAUAAAUCAAUGGUUGGUUAUAUUAA